AAGUUCUCAGUUAAGUUUAAUCUGUCCAUGACGAUCAAGAUAAUAAUUCUUAUAAAACAAAUCACAAAAUUAUCUCAUCGUCAGAGAUAUCUUCAAAAACAAAAUAACAUUAUUUUUCAAAACAUAUUUUUAGUAACGUCUUAAACGGGUUUUUUGCAGGAACAAAAUUGUUUUAAAAAUACACAUGAGCGCAUCCGCCUAAAUUAUGUUUCAAGAAUUAUAUUUUUAAAAGAGAUUCGUUUGUACCGCCAGGAAACUUAAUUAACAAUACGUUAUCAAACUGACCAGUUUGAUCGAACUAUUACGUAUCUUAAUUAUAUUUUUUAAUAUGUAACUUUAUGUUAAAAGUGUCCUCGUUAAUCAAAAUGUUAAUAAAUGCAAGUCAAAUUCCGCAUGACGAUAAAUGCGUUCAUAUCCUUAUCUAUCAUGCCAGUUAACAAAUAAUCUAUAUAUGCGAGUAAUUCACGGUAUUAUAUAAAGGAGGCCUAGAACUCUGGUCGGCCGGUUGCCGACCGUUAGUCAAUGAAUACAGUUGCUGAUGCAUCAACGUUCGUACGGGCGUUCUCGAUCUUGCACUUGGAUAUUGGUGUUCAAUACGCGCAGCGAUUGCCUCUUGUUUGUUUAAGUGAGUGAUUCGGGCGCGUCGCACGGAUUCGCGUUUGGCACGCUCGAGAAUUCCAUCUCGAAGUUGCAAAAAUCCACUGGAGAAAUUGGAGAUUUGGUCAACAAACUAUAGACAUACCAGCUUGUUCCUACAAGUAAGAAUACACCAGCAGCAGAAGAGAAGUUGCCGAAUAAGAAGAAGCAUUGAUAAAAACAUUAGGCAAACAUGUCUGUCCCAAUUUUCCGCUAUACGAAAGAAACGAUUCGCUUUACAGACGACCAACGAGCGUUCUACGAGAAGAACGGAUACUUGAUGUUUCCUGGCCUAAUACCGCAGGACAUACUCGAUAAAUGCCACAAAAGAUUCGACGAUAUCGUCGAGGGCAGAGUCCCGCGAGACGGAAUCGUAGUGAUGCACGAUGUGAAGGACAGGAAAUCGGUGAAUAAAAUACAGGACCUCAAUCAAGACUCGGUGUUCCGUCUAUACCUUGAACACAAGAAGAUCCUCGACGUAGUCGAGUGCUUCACGGGACCGAACAUCAUGGCGAUACACAGUAUGCUCAUCGCGAAGCCGCCCGACAUCGGAUUUGGCACCUCCAGACAUCCGCCGCACCAGGAUCUCUAUUACUUCCCGUUGCGCCCAGCCGACCUUAUAGUGGCUUCGUGGACGGCCAUGGAACUGUGCGACGUCGCGAACGGAUGCCUCUACGUAGCGCCUGGGACGCACCAAUGGGGACGCGUAUUUCACCACGAUUAUCCGAAGGAACAGGUGAACAAGUUUUACCACGGCAUACAGGACUUGCCCAGUUCGAUCAAGUGGAUCAAUCUCGAGAUGCAGCCUGGCGACACGGUGUUCUUCCACCCGCUGCUCAUUCACGGAUCCGGUGUCAACAAGUCGACCCGGACCAGGCGAGCUAUCUCCUGCCACUACGCCGCAGCGGAGUGCACUAUAAGCGAGGAGCCGGACGCUAACAAUAUCGUCCAGAAGGAGAUUUUGGACUUAGCGAAGAAAAAGUUUUCCGGAAUGGAUAUAUCAUACGCGGACAUAUGGCGCUACAAGUCCACGCUCGUGCGCGGGAUUCGAUCUUCUUACUAAAAGAAGUCUUUCGAGACUUAAUAUAAUCGAGAUAUAUAUUUUAC